AUGUCGUCCUCUCCGCGCUUUGAUUGUGGCUCAGAGUGCACGAAUAAGCACGGCCAUGCAGUGUACAACAAUAUUCUCAGAGUUGCGGAUUUUAUGCUACAAGACCCAGACAACGUGGUGCUUAAGCGGUUUCAAUACCUCCAGCUCGUACAUCUUCUCUCGCUUCAACAUAAACUCGCAGACUGUGCGCGAGAUAUUAAAAGAUAUAGGGAUGGGGCAGGAGUGAACGUCAUGGAUGGGGUAAUGGAGAGGCUGGGUCUCCUGUUGAGAAAUUAUGAUCAAGCAUUGGCUACAUAUGAGCGAAUUCAAUGUCUUCAGUCUACGCCACGUUACGUCCGCAAGAUUCUCCAACAGAAGGCAGAUAAAGACGAAGCCCCCCAACUCAAUGUCGAAUUAAGGAAUGAGGACGGAUGGCUGGAUCUGGUGUCUAUCGCAAGUGGAGCUGACAAGGGUGUGAUCCAUAGCUUUGUUGACCGCCACAACCACUGGCUUUCAAGGCUCUAUAGGAAGAACCGAGGACAAGAUGACGGCAAAGUCGAUCUGGAAGGAGCCUCGCAAGACAAGGCAUCCAAUCACCGAUCGUACAUUGGCAUUGAGGUGGACCGAGAACGCUAUAAUCAGCACGAUGAUUUGCAUCCUGAUAGUCGUACCCCUCUCCACCUUGUCGUCAGUGUCCAGCAGAAUAGUCAGAGUUCUAGUCGUGGCGCCAUGUGUAUUGCUGGUGUUCCUACUUUCCCUCAUGCUUUCCCGACAGACACAGAGGAGCCACAUGACAUUGAUGCUAACGUGGGUAUCUUUGCUUCGUCCACCCAGCUUCCGGCUUAA